AGUAUUGAUAUUUCAGUGAGCACUUGAAAUUGUACUGAAAUAGUCAUUUGUAUAGAAAAAAUAAUAAUUUUAGCAAAAUGUGUUGUUUCGCCGAGUUUGUAGUGAAAUAUGUUUUAAUUAUAGUUAACAUUGUAUUUUGUCUCGCCGGCCUAGCCAUCAUAGGGUUAGGCACAGCGGUACACAUACAACUGGAUCAAAUUCACGAGCUGAUCCCAGUGAACUUGAGCGCCAUAUCUAUAAGUAUUAUAGUUCUGGGCAGUUUCGUGUUCAUCAUAUCUUACUGUGCUUGCUGCGGAGCGUUGAGGGAGUCGAGAUGUAUGCUUAUUUUUUAUGCUGUCAUCAUGGCAAUCCUAGCCAGUUUGAAGAUCUACAUCACAGUGGUGAUCUUCCGGUUCUUGGACUCUGCCCUAUCAACUGUCUCCGGCUGGCUGAACACGGCUUUCAACAACAUGGAGCUUAGACCAGCUUACUAUGGAAUGGAAAAUCUGUUCCGUUGCUGCGGCACAACCGGCCCCAACUCCUACACAGACCGAGGGGAGGUAAUCCCACCAUCUUGCUGCGGCAACCUGAACAACGUGACUUCGAACCCUGAGAACGUGCAGUGCGCUGCUACUGACGCCUUCUCCGGGUGUACCGAGAUGGUUGGAGAAUAUUUUGAGACCUUCGGAGAAGCUAUCGGGGGAGUUCUUAUUGUGGUUAUCAUUAUUGAGCUCAUCUGCGUGAUCUUUGGAUUGUUCCUGGCAUGCCAAAUCAGACAGAAAAGAUACAGAGCAUAAGAUCUUAACUUAAUUGAAUAAAAGUUUUUUUUUUAUA